UCUCCCUCCUCGCCCAGUCCGCUUCCCCCUCCCCCCCCUCCCCGCCCCCGUCUCCCUGACUGCGCCACCCACCACAUCCACACACUCGCCACGCAAGAGGGACGGCGACGGCAGAUUCUUACCUUCGACUCCACAUGUGAGAUAAAAUGGUUGGUACACGUGUGUAUGUGGGUGGCCUAAGCUACCGUGUGGGAGAACGAGAUUUAGACAGAUUCUUCAGGUCAUACGGAAGACUCAGAGAUAUUGUUAUCAAGAAUGGAUUUGGCUUUGUGGAAUUUGAUGAUGACAGAGAUGCAGAUGAUGCUGUUUACGAGAUGAAUGGAAAAGAACUCCUAGGAGGAAGAGUAACUGUAGAGAAGGCGCGCGCAGCUCCACGAAUGAGGUGGCCAAGAGCACCUCCACCAAGAGGGUUCCAUUCAAGGGAUGGGCAGAGCAGAUUUGGUAUGCCAGCCCGUACAGAUUAUCGCCUCACUGUGGAGAACCUCUCAAGCAGAGUGUCCUGGCAGGAUCUCAAGGAUUUUAUGCGUCAGGCUGGAGAAGUCACAUAUGCAGAUGCUCAUAAAUACAGGCGAAAUGAAGGCAGGGUGGUAGAAUUUGCCACUUAUGCAGACAUGAAAAAUGCCCUGCAUAGAUUAGAUGGGAAGGAGCUUCAUGGACGUCGCAUCCGCCUGGUGGAUGAAUCCAAAUCAAGGAGUUCCCGGCGCUCGCGUAGGUCAAGGUCUAGGUCAUCAUCUAGGUCUAGAUCUCGAUCUAGGUCUCGUUCUCGCUCGAGGUCGCGUUCCCACUCCCGUUCCCGCAGUCGGUCACGAUCAAGGAGUGGAGGCCACAGCAAGAAGAGGCGCUCAAAGUCCAAGUCACGCUCCAAGUCUGGAUCUCGUUCAAAGUCUCGCUCUGGAUCAGAAAGAUCAAAGUCCAAGUCCAGAUCCCGUUCCAGAUCCCGCUCAAGAUCCCGUACACAUAGUCCAACUCCCAAGAAGAGCAAGUCUCGCAGUCGUUCAAAAUCUGCUGAGGCAGAAUCAGAGUCAAGGAUGAGAAGUAGGAGCCAGAGUAGAGGUCCCUGCUGGUCAUGGAGCACUUCGGAGGUGUCAUUCAUCUUUUGAGAUGUAGCCCUCAGGAAAGACAGUAGAAAAAUUAAUUCACUGGGGUGUUUGAAGCGUGGAAAAUAUUUUUAAUUUUUAUGAUAUUUGAUUUUUUUUCUUUUUCUUUUUUUCAUUUUUUUUUUUUCUUUUUCCUUCUAUUUUUCUUUAUUCUUUUUCUUUUUCUUUUUCAUCUCUCCCUGGACUCAUUACGUGUGAAUGUUUCGUUAGUCCAGUCCUGUAGAUGCAUUGGCCUUGCAAUAGCCAAGGUUAUGGGGAAUGGAUAUACGUACCUGAUGUUUUUAGAAAAGCUUGCAAUUGGGCAUUUUACAGUCCGUCAAAAUUAUCUCCUUGGGGGAAUUUGGUAGGAUUUUGGGAAGUUUGGUAGGAUUAAUAAGGAUAAGUCUGGAAUAUUUUAUACAAGCUUGAUGUUCAUACCAUAAGCCAUUUAACCCUCUUUCAUUAUCUUUAUUUAAGUUGUCUGCUCAGCUUUGAGAUAGUUGCUAAUCUUAAAUGACAAUAGCUUAUCUAGGAAGAUUACGGAAAGAACCAAAAGUAUUUUCUUGACAGUUCUAGAUUUAUUUUUUCUUGGGGUUGUAAUGAUCUUUUAUAUUUAUAGGAAAUUUCAGAUUGUUCUUUUUAGGCCACUUCAUCAAAUAAAGACAUUUAAUUUUAUUUUGCCAAAUCCAGAGGCGUGUGUGUAUAUGUAUAUAUAUACAGAGGAUAAAUUCUUGAUGGACCCCAUGAGGUACAUUACAGCUUCAGUUUAGCUCUCCAUUAUGAGUCCUGAACACUGUGCUUAUGUUUGUGCAAUCCAAAAUGUCCAAUAAGUUGCAUGGUUUUUCAGGUCCAUUUUGAGUUGUGUGUACAGCACUUCAUUCACACUUAGUGUAUUUGUAUGUAUGUGUGUGUAUAAGGUUGUAUGUUUGAAUAUGUUAAUAUGUGUACUCCCACAUAGAAGAAGCAUUUUCCAAUUUGUACUCUUGAGAUAGAGUAUACACUGUGUGAUAGAAUGUGAAAGUGGCUGUCAGAUGUGAAUUUGUCAUAAUUGUAGGAAGAUAUGUGAGUUUUUGGUCAUUUUAUAUAAGGAAAUAUCUUUAAAUUGAUAUCAGAUAUUUGUAAAUUUAAUCACAAGGCAUAUUUGAAAGAAAAUAAAAUUCUAUGGUGAA